AUUGACCAUCAAUUUAUCGUGGUCUGUGUGUCAGUGCCUGCAGCAGUGUUGUGUUGUGUACGAACUGAUCCAUCAAGAAACAAUGCAGUUGAGCACAUUAGUAGUCCUCGCAUGUGUGGUAGCGGCGGUGGUUGCGCGUGCGCACGAACAGGUUCCAGCAGUGGAUGCACUACAGCUUUCGAACACUGAAGACUUAUAUGAAUCUGUAAAUGACACACCAGCGCACGAAAGGAGUUCUAGAACAAAACGGAAAGCUUUACUUCUUCUCAAAAAGAAGCUGAUUCUUGGGGCCCUGGGAUUGAAAGCAGCUAAAAUAGGAGCAGUGGGCGCAGGUGCCCUCGCACUCAAAAAAGCUAAGUCGGUAUCAAACAAACCGAAAGUGACCAUAACCUACGCGGACAGACAAUAUCAUGGUCCGAAGUACGACGUAGUAGAAUUUCAACGGUGAGUUUAGGUUUUUGAGUCACUUGUUUUGAUUGCACCUUUGUUUCGAUUUGCAAUUAUACAGAAAUUUUCAAGGUUAGUAUUAGCACUUUAAUCUUGUUAGUUAAAUUCACCGUAGUGGUCUUCACAUGUAGUUAGAUAUGUUGCAGAGCAUAUUUUAUUUCAUGGAGCACAUGCCAAUUGCAUUAAAAAAAAUUGUCACUAUGUAAAUUUAUGAUUAUAGUCUUAGUCAUCAGAAAAUCGUAUUAUCACUGAAAUAUUGAAUUUUGGAUUUGAACUAAACAAAUAGGAUAUACCAUUGUGCUUGUAUUGUUGUAUUGCCUGUCUCUCAUGUAGAAACUAUGUUUUGUAGGCGAUGUUGCAUUAUGAAUAUCUCUAGUAUUAGAUAUAAUACAUCGUUGACAUAGAUAUUGGCGUGUAUGGAGUAUCUGUCUAUAGUAGUUGGUGUUUACAUGACUUACUCGUACAUUUGAAGUUGCGCAUGAAUUGCUUUAUCUAACCUACUAUUUAAAAUUAGUUGAAUAUAUGUCGCUGUAUUGUAUGACGAUAUUUAUAUAUGUAUACAAUAUAGUCAUAUAAUAUUGAACUUUGCCAUUUAAUACAAAAUAACAAUGAUGUUUGGUUGUGGUAUUGCUUAAUCACUAACGUAAACUGGGUUUGCACAACAAUUUUUAUUUAAAUUUCUAUAUUUGCAUGUUUCUGACAUUAGAACUUUAUUAUCGAGUAUUGCAUUUGUUUCGAUUCAUCGGUUGAAUGGUAGGUAUUACCAACCAAUAUUUUUUGGUAUAUGAAUAUUUACAUAAAAUUAUGACAUAAUGUAUUUGUUAAGAGACACAGAACAGGCGUGAAUGAUUGAGAUAACUUAUGGUAAUUAAUGAAACAACAUAUGUAUAUAAGAAUGGAGGCAUUUUGCAAUUCUUAUCUCAGCCUACCCUUAAGGGAAUUGGACGUGGCGUCGGUGGUCUAACGGUUUAGUAUAUCAAUAUAAAGGCUUACUUCAAUUCAUACUACAAUACGAACAAUUGUAUUCACGAUUGAUUGAUAUGAUUGUUUUUAUUUACAAAAAAACGUAUUUCUAUCGUUUAUCGUGUAUUGUAGAUUUUGCCGUGUGAAUUGUCGUUGGUUGAAAAAAUAACGGCGUAAAAAUAAAUGAUUAAUAAAUGUUUUAUUUACCAACAAAACAAAAUGGAAUUUAUAUACCUAUAUUGAAAAAGAAUACUUUAUAAACAAUAAAUAUAAAAAUAAUGUCUGCCAUGAGGUACCAAUUAUUUUUCCACUGCAUUAAUGAAUACUAUUUUAAGCAACACGAAUUGAGUAAAAUGUCAUGACUCUUUGUGUUGUAAUAUUCUUAUGUUUCGUCAAACCAACUAAAAAUGAACCUUAUCUACAUAUAUGCUUAUAGUUGACGUUUGAAUUUAAUCAAGUUAAUAUC